GGAGAGAGGGGAGGGGCUGGAGCAGGCAGGGGAUGCACCGGAGCCGACCGAGGGGCCCCGGAGGCAGCAGCGGCAGCUGCGGCAGUGGCGGGAUCGCGGCGGCGGCCCCUGGUGUCCAGCCCACCGGUGUCUCGGCCCCCGGAGGCGCCAUGCCCCACACGGUCACUCUCCAGGGCCCCUCACCCUGGGGCUUCCGCCUGGUGGGCGGCAAGGACUUUAGUACCGCGCUCACCAUCUCCCGGAUAAACCCUGGCAGUAAGGCAGCCUUGGCCAACCUAUGCCCAGGAGACGUGAUCCAAGCCAUUAACGGGGAGAAUGCAGAUAGCAUGACUCACCUGGAAGCCCAGAACAAGAUCAAAGCAUGUCUGGACCAGUUGACACUCUCUGUGAACAGAACUGAAGGGAAGGCCUGGUCAUCUAGCAAUCCCGAUGAUGGCAAAGCACAAGCCUACAGAAUCAACAUAGACUCGGAAGCACAGGACAAUGGAUUCACUCACAGUAGAAGGUCUUCAGCCUCAGGUGGGAGCCUGGCUGACAGCAGGACUAGCCUGGGCCUCCAAUAUGGGACACCAUCCCGCCUCUAUUCCCACAACAGUGAGGCCAGUCUGCAAGCACAGAUGAGCAACCUCCGUGUGUCUCCACCCCACAGUGCUGACUCGACAAGAUCCCUCCCAAGGAGCAGGAAUGGCAUUGACGUGGAAUCUGAUGUGUAUAAAAUGCUCCAGGAAUAUGGAGAACCUGCCUCGGAGCCCAAGCAGUCUGGGUCCUUCAGAUACCUACAGGGCAUGCUAGAAGCGGGAGAGAAUGGUGAGAAACUAGAUCGGCCAGGUGGCCCCAGAAGCCUCAAGUCUCCUGUCUCCAAGCUAGGUGGCCCCAUGGGCAGCCUGCAGCUGCUCCCUGAGUGUACCAGAUGUGGGAAUGGCAUCGUGGGCACAAUUGUGAAGGCACGGGACAAACUCUACCACCCUGAGUGCUUCAUGUGCAGUGACUGUGGCCUCAACCUCAAGCAGCGAGGGUACUUCUUUAUUGAGGAGUGUCUGUAUUGUGAGACCCAUGCCAAGGCCCGGGUGAAGCCCCCAGAGGGCUACGACGUUGUAGCUGUCUACCCCAAUGCCAAAGUUGAACUUGUCUGAGAGCAGCCCAGCCCCCCCAGACCUAGGGGAGUUGACAGGGUGGCUUGCCCUAACGAUGUACACAUACACACUACACCCUUUAUAACACAGCUCAAACCUUGUAGGUGACACCUCCACAGUAAAACACCUUUUCCCUCAGGACAAGGAAAGGUAUCAAAUUUGCCCCACAGAAGAGCUAUUUCCUGCUCCUCACGCUGCUCCCUGUCUAUAUCGUAAUUCCUGCUUUUGUUAACAUUUCUGCCCUGGUCUCAUCCAGACUCUCUGUAAAUAUAGGAAGACUUUUCUACCUUGUCACCAAUAAAACCAGCGUUCUGUAUUUUGAGUACCUUUUCAUGGCAUAGUGAACAUGUUCAAGAGUUCAUAGGAAAAAAAGAUGAGUUACUUGAAUCACCUUAAAUGAGUGGCACUGAAUUUUAAAAUAUGAUUUUAUCUUAUUUUUAUUUUAUUCAUAUCUUUUGUAUUUAUAUCAUCCUUUUACCAAAUAUCUUCCUCCCCUUACACUCCUAUCAUCCCUUGUAAAGCCAAAAGCUAGGUCUGACCAUAUUUGCAAUAUUCCACACCCACAGACUUCACCUUUGAAAAGAAAGGGCCAACUUUCUUGGUCAUUGUAAUUACACAUCUUUCAGUUUUGUUUCCUUAUUCUUUCUACUUACAUUAUUAUAAUCAUCUUACUGUU